AUGGCGUCCGAAGGCGAAAGUGGCAGCUUACGCGACGAGGCGGACAAAGCCUCUGAUUCCAGGACUGGGCGAGAUACGAGUACAGCCAGGGAAUCACGACGUGGACGUGGACGUGGACGUGGAAACGCCGCCGGGUCUUCAAGGUACGGACAGAUCCAUUUUGUGAACGUGUCACACCCUGGCGAUGUUCGCCAUCAGAUGACGGACAUCCGCCGCUUUGUCAUGCGGGGCGGCAACCAGCAACGGCGGACACAAGAAUCGGGACAACAGAAUCCUCCGGCUACUCGCGCACGCCUCGGAUCCGAUGACAGCUCGCCCGGCCGGUCAUUGCCGCCACUCGGAAGCUUCCCCGUGCCAGGCGACACGCGUAUGCUGGAACUGGUCCGCUUUGCUAACGAAGUGACGGAUGUCUAUAUCCCUUUUCGCGCUACGUGGUUUGAGGUGUCAUUGAUGGACCCCGGAGCCUUUGAAGUUAUCCUCGGCAAUAACGCUAGCUUUUGGGAGAGGAUGGCCACAAAUAAUACGGUAUCCAAGACUCCAGAAGUCAUGAGGCACUAUUCACAGUCCAUUGUUCAGCUGCGGCAGCGUCUCGAUGACGAAACCGCGGUGAGAGGGCAGGGGAUCGUGGCGAAUGUUUUAGGCCACGUUUGUCUCAACAUGAGACACUGCGACUGGGCAACUUGGAAGGUUCACAUGGAUGGAUUAUGCCUCAUCCUAAAUACUCGUGGAGGGCUCUGUGACUUGGCUUACCCAAUAGUUUUACUGAUACUAUUCUACGACUUGGUCGGGGCCAUAGUCUUCGACACCAGUCCGCGAUUCCCUCUAUACGCAAGCUUUGGGAUCCCAAGCCCUAAUGGAGAUAUCCUAUCGACGUCUCCGAGGCUACGAGCCCUAGUCUUGCGAUUGGCGCAGAAGUUUGACAUGGUUGCGGCGGGAGAAGCCUUGACCAAGAUGUCACACAUGUCCGGAAUCAUAAAAGAGAAGAGUAGAUCCAGCAACUUCUGGAAGAAGGACGUCGAUGGGCUUCUCAUGAUUAGCCCGGCUCUACAUUUUUUGCUAUCCAUGCCACGAUUACCCGACGAUUAUAUGACCCAUGCUAACCGUGGCGACCUCGUCACUAGAGAGCUAGUGCGACUUACAUGUCUCACCAUCAUGUCUGUCUUGAAAGAAAAGUUCAGCUUCUUUACUGUUGAGAGAGCUGGAUUGCAAGCUCGGCUUGUGCAAUUCGUUGCUGCCAAUAUACGCCACGUCGAACCCGACUACUUCGACAUCAAAGUCUGGGCAUUGAUUACCGGUGCGUUGAUGGAAGAACGUAGCUUGAGAGACUUGUACAUCAAUGAGAUUAAACACAUCAUGAUGAUGACGAAUACCUCGGUGGGAAACUUGAUUCAUAUCACGCAGGAGAUGGUCUGGAUUGAUGCUCUAACGUCGUCUUCCGCCAACGAGUUGAUACAGGAUAUUGAUGAUGGAAAUUCUUUAUAG